AUGCUGGAUAGCUGCUGUCGUUCGCAAUAUUAUGAUGGACGUAUUGAGCUUGUUGGCAUGGAACGGCAUGAGUUUAGCUACAUUCCUUUUCGACUUGGAAUUUUUAGCAAAGAAAAAAUUUUCUUUGAUUGUUCUUUUCUUCAGGCGGAUUCCGUUUACGAUGCAAUCGACAUGGUAUUCGAAACACUAUUUUAUAUACCCGUGCUGUGUAUGUUGAACGGUUUCACCAUGAUUAUGCUCUACACCCAAUGGAACACCAUUAAAAAGCGGCAAAGUGUUGAAUCCAUUCCAGGUAAAACGUCUUAUCCAAGAGUUCCAUAG